AUGCCAAUAAAAAGUAAUUUAAAUACUAGAGAUCCUGAAAUUAUUUGCAUUAUGUUAAGAAUCUUAUAAUAAUUAGUUUAAUCAGAAAAAAAAGUAGGAUAAGCAUUGGUACCUUAUUAUAGAUAACUAUUACCGAUUCUAAAUAUUUUUAAAAGUAAAAACUUUAAUACAGGAGAUUAAAUGGAAUAUUCUUAAAGAAAAAGUAAUAAUUUAGGAGAAUUAAUCUAAGAAACACUAGAAAUAUUUGAAUAAUAUGGAGGUGAAGAUGCUUAUAUUAAUAUUAAAUAUAUGAUUCCUACUUAUGAAAGUUGUAUAUGUGCAUGA